AUGAGGAUUCAUCUGAAGUUUUACCUGCAUUACCUGGUUCUGCUGGGUUUCAGCUGUGUAAUUUCAACCUAUGGUCCAAACCAGAGAGCCCAGAAGACGGGCGAUAUACUGCUUGGAGGACUUUUCCCGAUGCACUUUGGGGUGGCCUCCAAAGACCAAGAUCUUGCAGCACGGCCGGAGUCAACGGAGUGUGUCAGAUAUAACUUCCGUGGAUUCCGCUGGCUGCAGUCUAUGAUCUUUGCUAUAGAGGAGAUCAAUAACAGCUCCACACUUCUUCCCAACAUCACGCUUGGCUACCGUAUAUUUGACACGUGCAACACUGUCUCGAAAGCUUUGGAGGCGUCCCUGAGUUUUGUUGCGCAGAAUAAGAUUGAUUCAUUGAAUCUGGAUGAGUUCUGUAACUGCACAGGGAACAUCCCAUCAACCAUUGCAGUGGUCGGGGCUUCUGGAUCUGCAGUGUCUACGGCUGUGGCAGACCUGCUGGGUCUCUUCUACAUUCCUCAGAUCAGCUAUGCUUCAUCCAGCCGCCUUUUGAGCAACAAAAACCAGUACAAAUCCUUCAUGAGGACAAUCCCUACAGACGAGUACCAGGCGAUUGCCAUGGCUGCCAUCAUCGAGCACUUCCAGUGGAACUGGGUGAUCGCCAUCGCCUCUGACGAUGAAUACGGCCGGCCAGGCAUCGAAAAGUUUGAGAACGAAAUGUUUCACCGGGAUAUCUGCAUUGACCUCAAUGUUUUAAUUUCACAGUACAUUGAUGAAGCUGAGAUUCGUCGCCUGGCAGACCGCAUCCAGAACUCAUCCGCCAAGGUUAUUGUUGUGUUUGCUAGCGGACCAGAUAUCGAGCCGUUAGUUAAGGAGAUGGUAAGACGAAACAUCACUGACCGUGUCUGGCUGGCGAGCGAAGCAUGGGCCAGUUCUAGUCUAGUCGCCAAACCAGAGUAUCUUGACGUCAUGGGAGGAACCAUUGGUUUUGCUCUGAGGGCUGGGCAUAUACCUGGCUUUAAAGCUUUCUUACAGCAGGUCCAUCCAAAGAAGUCCAGCCAUAACGAAUUUGUGCGUGAAUUUUGGGAAGAGACGUUCAACUGUUAUCUUGAAGACAGUCCAAGGAAUGCUGACAGUGAGAAUGGCAGUACGAGUUUCAGGCCACUGUGCACUGGGGAAGAGGACAUUGCGAGUGUUGAGACGCCGUAUUUGGACUACACGCACCUCAGGAUUUCCUACAACGUGUACGUGGCUGUUUAUGCCAUAGCACAGGCACUUCAGGACAUACUUACCUGCACUCCUGGGAAAGGAUUGUUUUCUAAUGGCUCUUGUGCAGAUAUAAGGAAAGUUGAAGCAUGGCAGGUUCUGAAACAACUGAGACACCUCGACUUCAUUGACAGCAUGGGGGAGAGGGUGCGCUUUGACAAUGGCAGUGAGCUUUCAGCCAAUUAUACCAUCAUAAACUGGCAUCGAUCACCAGAGGAUGGGUCUGUUGUAUUCAAGGAGGUUGGUUAUUACAGCAUACAUAACAAGAACGUGGCAAAACUUUCCAUUGACAAGACCAAAAUACUGUGGAACGGACGUCUAACUGAGGUGCCAUUUUCCAACUGUAGUAAGGAGUGUGAACCGGGAACAAGGAAAGGAAUUAUUGAUGGCGAACCCACAUGUUGCUUUGAGUGUACAGAAUGUUCGGAUGGGGAGUACAGUGAUCAUAAAGAUGCCAGUGUUUGCGCUAAAUGCCCAAACAAUUCCUGGUCAAACGGCAAUCACACUUCCUGCUUUCUGAAAGAAAUCGAGUUUCUGUCCUGGACUGAACCGUUCGGGAUUGCACUGGCCUUAUUUGCAGUCCUCGGGGUUCUCCUAACAGCUUUUGUGUUGGGUGUUUUUAUGCAAUUCCGUGAUACUCCAAUCGUGAAAGCAUCAAACCGAGAGCUGUCAUUUCUUUUGCUUUUCUCUCUUAUAUGCUGUUUCUCCAGCUCUCUCAUAUUCAUAGGCGAACCACAGGAUUGGACGUGCCGGGUACGCCAACCAGCAUUCGGCAUAAGCUUUGUUUUAUGCAUCUCAUGCAUUCUAGUCAAAACCAAUCGUGUCCUACUGGUGUUCGAAGCUAAAAUCCCUACAAGCCUCCACCGUAAGUGGUGGGGACUAAACCUGCAGUUCUUACUAGUCUUCCUGUUCACGUUUGUGCAGGUGAUGAUCUGCGUGGUUUGGUUGUACAAUGCUCCGCCAGGAAGUUACAAGAACUAUGACAUCGAUGAAAUCAUCUUCAUCACCUGCAACGAGGGCUCCAUGAUGGCUCUGGGGUUUCUGAUCGGCUACACGUGCUUGCUGGCCGCCAUCUGUUUUUUCUUCGCGUUCAAGUCUCGGAAGCUGCCGGAGAAUUUCACGGAGGCCAAAUUCAUAACGUUCAGCAUGCUCAUUUUUUUCAUCGUCUGGAUCUCCUUUAUUCCGGCGUACUUCAGCACUUAUGGCAAAUUUGUCUCGGCUGUUGAGGUCAUAGCAAUUCUGGCUUCCAGCUUCAGUUUGCUUGCCUGUAUCUUUUUUAACAAGGUGUAUAUCAUUCUUCUGAAACCAUCGAGGAAUACGAUCGAGGAGGUGCGCUGUAGCACAGCGGCUCACGCUUUUAAAGCUGCAGCAAAAGCGACUCUACGACACAGUUCAGGCUUUAGAAAGAGAUCCAGCAGUGUUGGCGGCUCAUCCGCAUCGUCGCCUUCCUCAUCCAUCAGCCUGAAGACCAACGGGAAUGAAAUGGAGUCACCGUCUACGCGGAGACACGGCUCAAAACCGAGGGUGAGCUUUGGAAGUGGGACGGUCAGCCUCUCCUUAAGCUUCGAAGAGGCUAGAAACUCGAUGAAAUGAUUAGCAAGAACUGCUCUGUGUGUGACUGGUUUGUACAUUCACUGCAGUGUAAAUGUUGUUAUUGGAUCAAGGAUGUGGUUGGCAUUGUGAGCAGUGGUUGUGUUGCGCAAUAGUUGAAUCCAUCUGCAAAUAAUAUUUUUUGCUUAAAGUUUUCGGACUAUUUUUGUGGACAAUGUGAGAUGUGUAUUGUUCUUUGAUGAGUCACUGUCUUUUCCAAAUCUGGGAGAGUUACGGUGUGGAGAAGCCCCAAAAAAGCGUAUCACCCAGACAGAUGCAUGCGCAGAGUGAAGCAUGGGGGUGGAUCAGUGAUGGUUUGGGCUGCACUAUCAUGGCAUUCCCUUGUUCAAUAUUUAAAUCCAUCUGCAAAUAUAUCUUUUGGCUUAAAAAAGCCAGAACUGAAAAAGAAAAUUAAACAAGAACUCCUCCUAGUUUUCAGAUUUUGUUUUGUGGACCUUGUAAAACAUGUAUUAUUUUCUGAUGAGUCCACCUUCAGUGUCAUUCCAGCAUCCAGGAGUUACGUUGUGGAGAAGCCCCAAAGAAUCAUACCACCCAGAGUAGUAUGCCCAGAGUGAAGCAUGGAGGUGGAUCAUUGAUGGUUGGGACUGCAAUAUCAUGGCAUUCCCUAAUUCAAUAGUUGAAUCCGUCUGCAAAUAUUAUUUUUGCUGAAAAGCCAGAACUGAAAAAAAUGAAGCAAGAACCUCUCCUAGAUUUCAAGACAACUUUUUGUUGACAAUUUGAAUGUGUAUUGUUCUGUGAUGAUUCCACCAUCACUGUCAUUCCCACAUCCAGGAGAGGUACGUUGUGGAGAAGCCCCAAAGAAGCAUCCCACCCAGACAGAUGUAUGCGCAGAGUGAAGAAUGGGGGUGGCUUUGGGCUGCAAUAUCAUGGCAUUCCCUAGUUCAAUAGUUGAAUCUGCCUGCAAAAUAUUUUUUGGCUUAAAAAAAGCCAGAACUAGAAAAAAUGAAGCAAGAACCUCUCCUAGUAUUCAGAUUUUUAUUUUGUGGACAAUGUGAAAUUUGUAUUGCUCUCUAAUGAGUCUACCUUUGAUGUCAUUCCCACAUCUGGGAGAGUUACAGUGUGGAGAAGCCCCAAAGAAGUGUACCACCCAGACUGUUGCAUGCCCAGAGUGAAGCAUGGAGGUGGAUUUGGGCUACAAUAUCAUGGCAUUCCCUAGUUCAAUAGUUGAAUCCGUCUGCAAGUAAUGUUUUGCUUAAAACCCAGAACUGAAAAAAAAAACAAUGAAGCAAGAACCUCUCCCAGUCUUCGUAUUAAGGACUACUAAUCUGUCACAACAAUUCCAUUACUCAAUAUAGCACAAUAGUCUUUUGCAUGCAAUGUCUUUCAUGAGCUAUGUUUCCAUCUAAAGGUGUGAAUUAGACUGGAAUAUCGCAUUAAACAUUUGUGAAUAAAGCACUGUCUUCAUCUAAUGAGUCAAAUAAAAUAAAGUAGUCACUUCCUGAUAAACCGGUGCCAAAUAUCCACAACAAAAAUUGAGUUUGCUGCAGUUGAAGAAGUCACUGUGGGCCUUUUAUCCUAUAUAAUAAAUGACUUGCGUCUUAGAAGAUGAAUAUGAAACUCAAUGAACGUGUAAA